GCUCACAACACGAACUUCUACACGCUAUGGUUAUAAACAUGUCAAAAGAGCCAUCCGCGUGUUCCUCAGGAAAAGGGUGAGGCACCCGCCCGCCUACCAACUCCUUCACAGUAGAGCUUCCAAUUGCUCUUUGAAGGGCAGCUCAAGUUGCGUGGGUCUGAGAUAGUGCUGUUGAUAAACAUAUAGCAAGCUAUGCUUCCCUUGUGAAGUUGAAGAAGUCAGCGAGUGCUACCUCGCCGUCCGUGGUGUUGAAAGAGGAGGCAGCGGGUGUCGGCGGGCAGCCGGCGCGCGCUUGGGUCAGUGGGCUCGAGCGCCAUGCCGACCCCCUGGCCCCUGCGGCCGACCCAGGACACGUCGAGGACGCCACCCCGGCAGCCGGCGCAGGCGGUAGCAGCUGGGAGUGAAACAAUAGCUGCGGUGGACCCCACAGCCGGUGUUGCUACUGCAGCGGUGAAUGUGUGGGAUGAAGCGCCGUGCUGCUCGGGCACCCUCGGUGCCGCGCUGCACCAGGCCCUGCCGUCGUCGACGACACAGCAACGCACCACCCCCUCAGGCCAAUCAGCGGCACCGUUCUCACCCUCGACCACGCUAGGGCAGCGCCCCUCAGUGGACCACAGCUCGGGCGAGGCGCUGACCUUCCACCCGCCCACGCUCCCCGCCCAUCUGGCGGCACAGCCGCGAUUGCCGUCCACGUCAGCGGUGCAGCAGCACCCGCACCAGCAGCAGCAGCACUGGACGCUACGGUCGUGCAUCAACCCGGUUGCGCCCAGCACGGGCCAGCAGUCGGAGUCCAACUCCAUCGUGCACAUUGAGAUGGCGCCAGGCUCGCCCACACACUCCCACUCCCACUCCCAGGGGCACACAGCAUCAGGGGCAGGCGCGCUGGCCGCGCCCGCGGCGGCCUCAGUGUCCGCCGCACCCGCCGGCACGGAGGGUGGCGGCGUCAGCGGCGGCGGCGCGGCACACGAGGGCAUCACUCACGGGUCCGUGGACCGGCACUCCCGCACUCGCAACUCCGACCCGCAGCAGCGCCCCAGUGGCGGAGGCCAGCAGCGCGGCGAGCCGCACUCCCAUUCCCACGGCCACCACCGGCACAGCCGCAACGCCGCCCGACACGCGGACCCACUUCGUGCCUUCCUGCCGGCCCACAUGCGUCAGCACGUGGAGGACGUGGAGGGGGGCGUGCUGGGGGCCUCGGGGCACGGGCACGAACACCCGGAGUUGAAUGGCCAUGUGCACCCCGACUCGGCAGGCGAGGACGGGCAGGGUGGAGGUGCGGGCAGCAAGAGCCGGCGCUACAGCCGCCGCUCGGCGCCACGGGAGACAUCGUGGCAGAAAUGGAAGCGCCACCACCCGGCCACGCUUGUGUGCGGCGGCUUCCUGCUGGUGGCGGCGGCCCUGGUGCUGGUGGUGGUGGCGCCCGUGUGCACCACCCUGGGCUGCCCGCCCAAGAGCCAAGACACCAGCGCCAUUGCGCCCGAGGAGCAGCUGUUCACGCUACGGCUGCUGGCGCGCUCGGAGGACCCGGCGGGCCGCCCCGUGCUGCCCGACCUGCUGCCCGCCGACCUGGCCGCGGGGGUGCGCGGCACCGGGCUGCUGCUGGGCAGCGGCCUGGAGGCCCUGGACUGUGAAGACCUGUGGGUGCUGCGGCGGGUGCGGGAGGAGCUAGGCGGCGAGGGCCGGAAAGGCCGAGUCGCGUUCGUGGUCGCCGACUUCCCCCAGGCAGUGCCAGCCGACCUGACAGGCCCCGCACGUGCAGCCGUGCUGUCCGCACUCCUGCAGCCGGGUGGCCCUAUCGUUCCCUCCCAAGCAGCGUCACCAAACGCGCCGUCCGAGCUACGUGACCUCGUGGCACUGCUGCCGACGCUGCUGCUUGCGUCGGCGUCUUCAUCCUCCUCGGCCGACUCCGCCGCCGCGCUGACCAGUCUGCAGCAGCUGCUGCAGGCGGCUGGGCUGGGGGCAGCGGCGCAGCGGGUGGGGCUGACACGCGUGAUGGCGGCUGGAGGCGCAGGCGGUAGCUCUUCAAUCCAGGAGCUGCUCAAGCUGUUGCCGAACGCCACCGCCUCCAACCCGGAUGCUGCUGCUAUCGGCAGCAGCCUCGGGCUCGGGUUCGGAAGCAGCGGCAGCGCCACCGUUCCCACCACCAGCAGCGCUGCACGCGGUGCGGACAGCAGCAGCGCUGGAGCUGCUGCCGCUCUGGCUGCUCUGCUGUCGCAACCGCCGCUGGAUGUCCUAAACUCGAUAGAGGAUGUGGCCAAGCAGACGCAGCUUGGCGGCUCUCUCCUGUCAGCACUGACCACGGGGAGUACCGACGGCUCGUCGGCUGCAGCUACUGCCGCCUCCGGCUCCUCGUCGGCUACAGCCGCCAGUGGCAUGGGCCAUGACGCACUGGUGGCGGCUGCCCGGCUGAUGAGCUCGGGGGACCCCGGGGAGCUGGUAUCCGGGAGUGCAGGUGGCGGCGUGCUGGCUGCGGCUGGGAUCGGCCUCACGCAGUCAGUCACAGCGGGCGGCUGGGCUGUGCCUGUGGGCGUGGACGCGCGGCAGUGGUACAUGCGCCAGGCGGGUGUGGACGACGCGUGGGCGAUCACCCGUGAUGCGGACCUGCCCACAGUGGUGGUGGCGGUGGUGGAUGGCGGGUUUGACACGCGCCACCCCGACCUGGCCGGCGCGCUGUGGGUGAACCCUGGGGAGAUCCCCGGGAAUGGCAUCGACGAUGAUGGCAACGGUUUUGUUGAUGACGUGAACGGCUGGGACUUCGGCGGCAACUGCUCAUCAGGGGCCUGGCGCCCGGCGCCCGCGCCGCCUCCACCACCACCCGUCGCCUCCGCCUACCCGCCGCCCUCUUCCUCCUCCUCCCCACCUCCCAUCAAGAACAUCACCAUCCCGCGGCCCUACUCCGGAGUAGUGCCUGCCACCAGCGCCUUGGAGCUUCGCAGCCUGGCCUCCUGCACCGGAGAUGGCAACGUCUCGCCUGAAGCAGGCGACGGCGGCCACGGCACGCACGUGGCGGGGGUCAUUGCGGCGGUGCGCAAAGACCUGGCGGGCACCAGCGGCGUGGCACCCCACGUGCGUCUGAUGCUGCUCAAGGUGGUUGACGGUUAUGGCGCCACGUACGGCAGUCGUGUGGCGGCGGCGCUGGAGUACGCGGGCAGGAUGGGCGCGCACGUUGUGGUGACCUCAGUGGGCCCCUCUGCUCCGCUCCCCUCCGCGCCGCGGCCGUACCAGUUGGCUGCCAACGCGGCAGCUGCAGCCGUGUACGCCGCAGCCGUGGGGUCGCUCCGGGACAAGGGAGUGCUGGUGGUGGCCCCGGCAGGUGAUGACGGCAUAGACCUGGAUGCGGCCAAAGCUGCGGGCCUGGAGUACCUGCCUUGCACCCUGGCGGCGCCGCCGUACAGCCUGGGCAACGUGCUGUGUGUGGGCGCGGCGGACGCCAGCGACCGACGGAUCCGGAUCGCCGUGCCCGGCCUGGAUCCGGCGCUGGGGUCGAACUACGGCUCCAGCAGUGUUAGCAUUGCCGCCCCAGGCGUGGACAUCUACAGCACACUGCCUGACCGAUGGGCGCAAGUGGUGGACCCAGUGACCGGCGGCGGCUACGGGAACAUGUCUGGCAGCUCGGCAGCCGCGCCCGUGGUGGCGGGCGUGGCGGCGCUAGUGGUGGGCGUGAUUGGUGGCGGCGCUGCCGCCAGCGGGGUGGCGGCGCCGCGCGCCUCUCCACCGCCACCAUGGCAAGCGCCACCUGCACCGCCUGGCUCUGUGCGUGGUGCUGCGGCAAGUCCACCGCCGCGUUCCGGCAGCAAUGGUGGCAGUGGUGGCAGCAAUGGUGGCAGUGGUGGCAGCAACGGCGCCGGCGGCCAGGUGCUGACGGCGACAGGGCCGUUCUUCCAGGCUGAGCUGGUUCGCUCCGUACUGCUGGCGACGUCCGACACGGCGCCGGCCGGCAGCAGCGGCGUCAGCGGCGACAGGCGCAUCAACGCCGGGCGGGCGGUGCGCGCCGCGUACGCCCUGCUGGGCAACCUCCACUUGCUGACGCCGUCGCCCGCCUACUACUCGCCCGGGGGCUCGGGCGCCUCAGUGCUGUUCCCCGGGUUGGCGGAGGAGUACUUCACCGUGCUGGGGCAGCGUGCCAACGGCUCCAGCACAGACGUGGCUGCGGCCGUCAUCGACAGCCGGCCCGCCCAAGUCAGCAUGCGGGUGGGAAGUGACAGAGAGCCGCUCGCGCGGCUGCGCACCUUCCGCCGCUCCGGGCCGGGUGUGCUGCUGCGCCUGCGGGGGCUGCUGCGCCUGCCGGCCGCCGGCAUGUACCGGCUGCGGCUGCAGCUGGGUCCGGGCACUGCGCCCGAGUCCGUCCAGCUGGCGGUGGGCGGGCGGCAGCUGGCCUUCGGGUCGGCGGACCUGAGCGCGCGCGUGAUGGCGGAGGCGGCGGGCUACUAUGAUUUGGAGCUGCUGCUGCUCAGCCCCACCGCGCCCGCCAACGCCUCCCUCGCCGCGGUGGAGCUGCUGUCUGCUGUUGACAGCAGCAGCAGUAGCAGCCCCGCCACAAGCACCACCAGCAGCAACACCAGUGGCGGUGGCGGCGCCACGCUAGCGGCGGCGCAGUACUCGCUCCUUCCUGACGCGCUGCUGCUGAGUGCGGGCUAUGCGCCGCCGCUGCCACCUAGCUACUCGCCCAACGUGGACUUGGGCGGGGCGCGCUCGGCUGCCGCGCCCGGGUACCACGUCAUGUGGAGCACGCGGGGCGCCAGCCCAGGCGACGACCCCUCCGCCCCGCCGGCGCCGCUCACACCCGCGCUGCUGUCGCGCAUCUCCUCCGCGGCCGCGGUGCCGCCGGGCUCUGGGGCCGCCUACGCCCCCUUUGAGGGCUCGGCGCUCGUGCCCGACCUGUUCCCCGGCCCCGGAGACCUGGCGAACCUCAUUGCGCGUACAUCCAACACCUCAGGCGUGCCGCCUUCCGACUGGAAUACGACGGGCGUGUACGGUGUGGCGGUUGGGCACGUGCGGCCGCCGUCCAACGGCCAGCUGCGGCUGCAGGUCACGUGCACAUCCUGCCAGGUGUACCUGCAGGGUGUGCUGCUCCUAGACGCGGCGCAGGUGCAGCCCCUGCCUCAGGGGCCCACGCCCGCCGACACAGUUGCCAACACACCAGUCACCCGCAGCACCGGCUGCGUGGCGUUUCCCGGCGCGGCCGCCUCAGACCCCGGCAGUAGCAGCGGUGGCAGUAGCAGUGGGCUGGGCGGCAGCAGCAUUCGCGGCCUGGGGGAGGUGUACGGGCUGGAGGUGCGCUUCGUGGCCGGGUACGUGCCGCGCGCGAUCGUGUCGCUACGGUGGUCCACCUGCACCACAGGCAGUGGCAGUAGCAGCAGUGGCAGUAGCAGUGGCGGCAGUAGCAGUAGCAGCGGCAGCGGCAGCUCGGCCGCCCUGCUGGAUCUGGCAAGCGACACGGGCCAGUGGGGCAGUCUGGCCGGACUGCUCACGUCUGCGACCAUGUGGGCGCCAACGGCGGCGGCGCUCCCCACUCUGCCGCGCGGGCUGCAGUGCGACCUGUGGCUGGCUGGCCGCAACGAGCGACCCACCUCCGUGCCGUCGCCCGCACGGCUGCCGCCCACCGCCUCCAUUCGCCUGCCUCGCCGGGCGGCUGCAGCCGUUGCUGCUGCCGGCAGCGCACCCUCCAACAGCAUCAACAACAGCACCGCAGCCCUCCUAGCGGGCCUCACCGCCCUGGGCGCCAGCGGCGGCGCCUGUGCCAGCAUCACGGCCGCCAACAACUGCACCUUGUCCUCCAACUUUACCGUCACGGUUUUGCUGCUCGCGGCACUAGCGGCAAACAGCACCACCGGCACCACCGGCACUGGUAGCUCGCUGCGGCCACCCAGCCCCCCUAUCCCGCCUAGCCCGCCGCCGCCGGCUGGCUCCUCAGCUGCUGGCGGCGCCGCCACCUACCAUGUGCGCUGCUGGACCUUUUGGUCGGCUCGCGGCUUCACGGACAACCGGUUGGCUGUGCGGCUGCCCGCCACACCCUCACGCGUAUUCCUUGGCAGCCAGCGGGUGUACCUCAAUGACCCCGACGAGCCGCCGGGAGUCAGCUACAACCGGCUGGUGCAGCUUCCACGCAGCUCCGGCCUGGGGCCCGGCUACCACCAGCUGCUGGCGUACGAGUUUGCGGGGCUGAGCGGCGAUGCUGUGUUUGGCCUGCUAGACGGCGUCGACCAGUUCGUGGCAAACGCCAGCCUUGUCAUUGACCGGCGCAUGGUGCUGCCGCCAUUGUAGCGAAGUGCAGGCGGGGGCAGGGUACGAGUAUUGCGGUAGGACUGUUUAGAAGAUUGCAAGCCAGGUACCUCCUUGGUUGAGACAGCGUCGUUACUGUGGCUAUGGCUUGCAGGGGCCAAACGUGCACCGGUACCCUCCCUUGUGGCGUGAGGUGCCAUCACGUUGCAUUGCAUUCAUGGGGCUUACGGACUAAAUAUUCAUGCGGACCUACAUGUGUGCACGUUAGAUAGGGUAAUUGCGUAAGAUGGGUGCAGCCGUACAGGCUGAGCUUGCGCUGGCAUCCAAGCGGCCUGGCAGGGCGGUGGCUGGCGAUUGGCGAAGCAGGGAGCUGAGCAAUCCGCUACUGAAUAGCAAUGGGUGCCAACUUGCGGGUUAUCUAUGAUUGCAUGUAGAGCGGCGCCCACAGGGGCCGCAAGGCUAUGUGAUGAGGCUGUGAUAUACAUCAGGGACAGAGGACAGCAAAAGGGCUGACACAAAGCCCGUAUGACGU